AUGAUUCUCUACAGCUUGAUCAGAUUACUGCUCAUCGAGCUCCUCCUCCGCUCCGUUCUCGGCGCAAACAUACGCGCCAUCUACCUAUUCAAAGAUGUCCUCAAAUCCAACACGACGGCCCUCACAAACUCCGGUUUCAAUUCCCUUGUUAUUUUCGGCGUCGGUAUCCUCGAAGACGGUUCCAUCAUGUACUACUCCAACACGCCGGGCAGUACCGACGUCAAAAUCGCUUCGGGUGGCACCUACACCGGCGGCGAUGCUCUCGCGGCGAAGGUGAAAUCCUUCAAAGCCUCCAGCUCCUCCGUAGACCGCGUCGAGAUUUCUAUGAAUAGCCAGCACGUCAAGGACCUAAUGGCCAAGCCAGGGCCUGGCACCGACACACCUUUAGCUAAGAACUUCGCUGCGGUGAAGACGGCGUGGGGACUGGAUGCUGUGAACAAUGAUGACGAGAGUUUGUAUGAUGUUGGUAGUACCGUCACCUUCGCGAAGAUGCUGAAUAAGAUCGGAUAUAAGUAUACCGGCGCGCCGUACACGAACACAGCGUUCUGGAAGUCCGUCAUCUCCCAGGCGAAUCAGGGUCUUGCGGAGCCAAACCUUCUGUUCGACCGCGCGUAUCUGCAGUGCUACGACGGCGGCGCGGGCAAUAUUCCCAGUAGCUGGGCCAGUACCUUGGGGCUGAAGGUUGUGCCGUUAGUGUGGGUCACGAAUGAUUCGAAGCCGAGCUAUGGGACAACGCCUACGGCUGCGAAGACAAAGUUUCAGGGGUGGAAUUCGAGCGGUGGUGUUGUAGGGGGUGGAUAUUGGAAUGACUAUGAUAUUGAGAAGAUGGGGACGAGUUAUACGGAGUACGGGGCUGCGCUUAGUAGUGUAUUCCCAUAG